AUGGCUGACCAUGCAUCCACGCAGCUUCCCAGCAUGGUUCGAAAGCCCAAGGCUGUAUGGCCCGGUCUGGACAAGAUGGGUAUGUACCAGAAGCAGAUAGCAGGCGACGGCAAUUGUCUGUUUGCAUCGCUUUCUGACCAACUUUACGGCACGCCGGCAAACCACCCCGAGAUACGUGCAAGCGUCGUUGACCACAUGCGAACCUAUCGGCCGCUUUUCGAACACUACGUCCACAAGGACGACGUGCAACAACGACGCACUCUCCGCUCUGCCACAUUGGCUUCCCGUCAGGAGCCAGAAGACGCGUUUGAGGAAUAUUUGUCUCUUAUGUCACGUAGCGGGACCUAUGGUGGAGAACCUGAGUUGGUAGCCUUCUGCCAGGUCUUCGAUCAGGAUGUCACAGUGCACCUCCCACGCAUCAAGAACUUUGACAGAGAUUCGAUCCUUUACACAAACGAGCACCGAGGGGACCCGGCUACUGUGCUGCCGCUUCACAUUUGCUACGGCGGAGACGAGGUCACGCGAGCACACUACGACUCAGCCCGGAGCAGAGAUGGCUCCACCCCAGGGCACAAGAACAGCCCUCUCCUCAGACCUCAAGACGCCGCUCGCAAUGGCCUUGUUGGUUCUCCAUCUUCGCCACAUCUCCUCCUCAGUACUAGAGCGAUCCGGAGCAGCAAGUCAGAACUAUCCUCCGAGUUCAUCCAGGACUUCCUGGAGAAGAGCAAGAGAGACAUGGAGAACAAUCUGGACCAGCUCAGCGACAAAUAUCGCGCCCGUAGUCCUUCUGUCACCUCGUCUCAACGCAGCUCGAGCUCAAAGAGAUCACUGGACGAGGAUGGAGAACCUGUUCGGGCAAGCAAAAGAACAGAUAGACGAAAAAGCACGAGGCGACGUGCCGAUAUGGCUAUUGCAAUCUGUGAACCAGAUCAUGAACCCUCUCCGCCAAUGCCAAAUGACUCGCCGAGUGCAGCUUCACCACCAAGCACGCAAGACACGGACCUAUCCUCGGACACCCCCGCUCAAGAGAAUACACAUCCUAAGAUCAACGCCCAUCGCCUUGUACCUGAUGAAAAGGGCACUAGUCUUGAGACUGUCGCCGACCUUACGAAGCCUUCGCCAAAGACUCAGCCUCGCAUCUCAGUCAGUCUGGUCACCAACACAGCGGCCGGUGCAUCAGAGUCGACUAGCUCAAGAUUGAUGUCGGUUGCCGAGAGGCCUAAACCAACGCUGCGAGCAUAG